AGGCAAACACUCAACCAAUCGGCUAAGCGGACUGGGGUGAAAGCUAAGCCCCAAGAUGAGUACUUAACCCCACCCCAGCACGGGUACUCGUUUUUCCCCGCGACCCGGUGUACCCAGUCACACACGCGCACCCAACCAGGGUGUGUAGACGUAGCCACCAUACAGUGUACGACCGAAGAAGAAGAAGCAGACGAAGAGUUGCACAAACAGUGACCACAUCUGUUUCUGGCACACAUACCAAAGAAUUCCAGUUCCAGUUAUCUCCGCAUGUGCGCAAAGAAGAAGAAGAAGAAGAAGAAGAAGAAGAAGAAGAAGGCAAUGCUUGUCGUCCAUGCAUAUGACACAAGGAAGCAAAGAAGAGGUGGAGGAGAAGCAGCAGCAGCAGCAGCAUCAGCAUCAUCAGCAUCAUUGUCAUCAUCAUCAUCAGCAUCAUCAUAGCUUCCUCCUUCUCCUCCUCCUCGUCAUCAUCAUAAGCAUCAGCAUCAGCAUCAUUAUGUUCAUUGAGACGGACACCGUCAGCUUCAUCAUCUUUGUCACGCAGACGAUCAUCAUCAUCGUCAUCAUCAUCAUCAUCGGUGUCGUUGCUGAUGCUGAUGAUGCUGAUGCGGAUGAUGCUGGUGCUGAUGAUGUUGACGCUGAUCAUGCUGCUGCUGCUGCUGCUGCUGCUGCUGAUGAUGAUGAUGAUGAUGAUGAUGAUGAUGAGUCGAAGGGAUGGGUUGUCGAGGAGGAGCCGGAGGAGGAGGAGGAGGACAAGGGAAGGAGGGAACGUGAAGUCAUUGGACUCAUUACCGCAAAUGAAAGCGAAGAAGGAGAAGAAGAAGAAGAAGAAGGGGGAAGGGGAUUGACCCAGCAGGCUUUCUCGUCUUCAUUGUCAUCGCUGUCUUCUCCUUCGUUGUCUUCGGUGUCGCCAUCACCAGAUUCUCGGAAGUUGGCAUUUCGUCAUGGCUGGAGGGUUGGAGAGGCGGUGCUGCGAUGCAUGGAAGUCCUAUUGGGUAAAUGUCCUUGUGACUCUGCAAAUAAGCUUGUCUUUCUGCUUCCUAGCCUUAUGAAAGCUGCAGCAUUGGCACGCGAGGAAGCGUCAGAGGAGUUCCGACACUCGGCGGUACGGUGCUUGAAGGAGUUGCUGAGAGGAUUGCAUCCUCCAAGAGUCAGUGGACACAUGGAAGGCCAAGAGGCUCGAGAGGGAGUGUGCACAUCUGAUGAUUCUGAUGAUGAUGGUGAUGGUGACCGUCACAUGGUGGGAUCGGGAAUGGGUAGAAUUGACCGGAGUGACUGCCCUGUUGCUGCACUUUGCUCGGAAGUGAUGGGAAUCACUGUUGGAAGCUUGGUUGAUUUGCUUCUGAAGAUUGAUGAGGCAGAGGUUGCGGCUGGGAGUGCUGGAAGCAAAUCUCUGCGGACGGAUGCCCUAGGAACUCUGAGAUGUCUUGUCCUCAAGUUGGAUGAUGGAGACGCGUUGGCGUAUUUUCUUCCAGCUAUGUCUGUUAGGCUUGCGAGGGCGUCUCUGUCACACAUUCAGGGUAAAGAUGGGCGCCUCGUUGCUGUGGCCUCGGCUCAGACGAAGAAGGUUGGGGCAGCCUGGUCCUCUGCUGCUGUAAGGGAGGCUGUAUCCCUGCUGGGAGACCUUCUUGUCCUCAUUCUUGGUGACACUCGAAAUACUGGUGCACUUAUGCCGGCAAAGAGUGUAAGGACUGCAUCGGGAAGUCAGCAGGCUGACAAAACAGCAGAGGAAGGUACUGUGGAUACUGUCGAUUCUGCAUUGCAGGCAUUGAGGGAGCUGAAGAUGCAGUUUGGAUCCAAGGAGGCGGCGGCUGAUGGAGAGAGAGAUGGUGGUGGUGGCAAGGAAAGUAGCAGUAGCAGUGAGGUGAAGAGGAAGGGUGAAGAAGUUGCGAAAGAGAUGCCUGUAUUUGAUGGCAACUUUCGGAAGCUGGUUCUACGAGUGGAUCGUAACGAGCAGUGGCUGUCAGAGACGGCAUCCAAACUCCACGUCCUUAUCAGCAGGUGCUUCCCUUUGGUUUCACUACACCCCAGCCCUAAAGUGCGGCUUGCUCUUGGCGACACAUCCUGCCGACUUCUAACGGAAUGUCGCCUCACAUUGAAGGAUACAGUUCCAAUUCUGCUGGACUGUUUGUUGGGGCUUGUCUAUGACGACUUCCCGCAAGUGUCCUCUCCUAUGAUCAAGGUGAUAUCAUCGGUAAGAGUGGUGGCAGGUGGUAUUGCUGAAGGCACAAAUGCCAAGGGAAACCAGGAUCGAAUACCGAAGGCAAGCACUGCAGCAAACAGGUCCAAGCAGUUGUCCAUUGAUCAGGAAAUCAUCGAGUCGACGCUGCAAAGGCUGGUGGCAGACAAUGGGACUCCAUGCUCACUGUAACCCGAAAAUCAAAAAAAAAUUUGAAUCACUAACUCUGUACGGGCCUCUGCAGGCAAAGGAACAAAGACAGCAUACUUGC